AUGCGAGGGCUUAGAUUUUGCUGUAGGUAUUCCCCAUUGCUUGGCGUUAGUCCGUUUCAACUUGGUGUAGUGCGUUCACCAUGUCGUUGGAUUCUACAGCAAGAGAGAGUGGAAGCUGAAACGGCAUUGGGAAACCCAAAAGGUGGUUUAAAUAUUAAUGAUACUAAUAGUACUAGUAGUAGUACUGGCAGCGGUGAUCUGGUACAGGGAGUUUCUCAAUCAUUUGAGGAAGAUGCAUUUGCCGGUGAGUUUGACGAACUUGAGGCGGCAUCACAAGAGAUUCACGAUCUCUGCUACGCUAUGAUUAAUCACCUGCGGAAAACAGACCCGGAUGAAACGAAAGACCUCUUUGAGAGACGUUGCGCUCGUCGUUUUCGAGAACCAGUUCAUGAACAUAAACGUCGUUUGCUUCAUGAGCAUAAUAAGGGUCUUCAACGUAGAAAUUGUUACAGAACGGAGGAAGAAUUGAAGGAGGCAACACAAUUAUUUCUUCAAUUCGGUGAAAAGUUGCUUUUGCUUCUUACAAAACCAGUUAUGGACCGAAUGAUUGAAUCAGCCGGUAAGGGUUGCCGGGACUGUCGCUCUGAUGGUGUACACAAAUACCGAAAACCUUUAGAGCGAGCAAGCUGGCGUGUUUUCCCCCAUCGUUGGUUUAAACACGCACCUUUUGAAGUACAGCAGCUGCGAUCAGAUAUGCCUGAAUUUGCAGUGCUCAACACGCGGACGGCACGUGAUCUCUCCACCAUACGUUCUUUGUUUACCCUGAUGGAGCCACAACACCCAUUCCGUUCUCAGUUGGAAAGCCGUUUAUUUGAAAUCACACAAGAAUAUGACCCUGUCCACAAAAUUAACAAGAGUGAGCGGAACUCAUCACCUAGUGGUAUAGAUGCCAAAUGA